AUGAACAAGCUGCUCCAGGUCCACCUCCUGGAAGCUGCCGCUACUGCUGCCGGCCUUGGCGGUGUUGGCCAUGGUUGCUAUUCUCCACUAGCAGCUGCGGCAGCAACGCAGCCGCCGAGCUCUGCCCUCGCUGUGCCUCCCUCCCCCUAGCAGUCUUCUAUCAUAAAGGAAGGCAGAAGGCAGAAAUCAUUUCGUACGUGUUCAACGUCUUCAGUCCGAAAGCAGCAGCAGUGGCACUCCCAUGUAGGCAUACAUCUGCCUGCGGUGCUCUACCGCCUUGGUCAUGCCCGCGUUCGCUCUCUGUCUCUGUGGUCUGUCUCGCUCUCGCUGGCCAGGUUCU